AGGAAUAGAGUUUGAUAUCAUGAUGUUUUAGCUGCAUGCAACUACAUUUAGUACAAGCUCUCCCUCGACGUCCCUCAUUUUUUCCCUUAUUUCAAGCACUCUCACGAAGCGAGAUAUUCUUGUCUUGUUACAGUACGGCAUUCAGAGCCAGAAGUUGUUGUGCUUUGCCAAAUAAAAGAAGAAGAAGAAGAACAAAUCAAGUAAAAAUCCAUGAGCCGGCUUUUGUAAGCUGACUGCCUUUUAUUUCUACCUGUACAUCACACUGUAGGCGGUUGUAGUAUUAAGUACUUCUUCUAGCGACAUGAAUCCCAUCCGGUUUUUGCAGGUCAACUCAUACGGCAGCAGCCCGUGGGGCAAGGGUAUCCACUGCAAAUAUCGAUCUGGGUCUAGAAAGUUGCAAUGCGGGACUGUGAGCAAUGAUAGGCGCGCUCUUGCAAAAAUACGCAUGAUCCAACAAGCAUGACCAACUUGGGAGCUGCUAUAAAUAGGCUGUGUCUAUGAAUCAUUCCGCAUGUUGUUGCAGGCAAAGCAUGUUCUUGCAUGGCCCAACCAAGAGAAAAAUUUCUUCGUACUUCUCAGGAGGCGCCAUUGCUCAUUCGAUCCGUUCACUCGUUGAUUCCUGUGCAACAACAUGCAUCAGAGAGUCUGGUAUGUCAUGGCAGCCGCAAUGUUAGCAUAUAUGACCAGCUCUAGUACAACUUUCAGGGCCCAGAAAUAGCAAAUAUUUGCGAUCCAUAAGUGGCUGCCCGGCGGUGUGCAUGCACCUGGAGCAGGCGGUGCACCACAACGUAACGGAUGCGCAGAAGCUGCAGAUGGCGCAGGAGUACCUCGCUGGAGGGGCGGGCGGGUGCAAGGAAGUGGCCUUCAUCACGCUGCGGGCCGGGAAAAACUUCCAUUUCCAGGUGUUCGACGCGACGGGGGAGCUAAAGAUGCCCCUGCACGAAAGGAGCAUCAUCGCCGCGGCGCACACGUAUAAAUGAUUUUUGAUUUUAUUGCCUUUUCAUGCACCACGCCACGACAACAAAAAUGAUAAACAUUGUUCUUCCGCCACAGCCCUAGUUGUACUCAGCAUCUUUUCUCCCACAAGAAAUUAUGCAUGCUGUUCCUCCAUGGUUGUUCAGGUUUUGCCAUGAGCUGUCGUGCGUGUUCAGUGUAGUUUGAUACGGUAUUAAAGUUGCUUGUCAAAAAAUAAAAUGAUUUUAGUUCUCGUUAUCUGGUACUACGAUGAACAUCAGGAUCUACCGUGGCGUGGGGCCUAACGCCGCUGCGCCGGGGAGCAAACCAAAACCCGUGAUGAUCUUUGACACGACCGCCGGCCCGGCCACGAUGGUGGUAAAGCGCGUCGCCGUCGACCUCGGCAGCCGCAUGCUCCACCGCUACGAGAUUAAACUUCCCUGUUUGCGCGGUAGGAAAAUCCUCGAGCCCGUGACCAACCCCGAGUCGCCGCUGGGCGCCUACCUGUUCGAGUGCCUCUACUCCGUGGGAAAGUUUAAUCCGCCGGUAGUGGCGAAAGAUGACGCGGUAUCCUGAGUACUAAAAACGGCGCCCGUAGAAGUCAGUGCUUACCCCGUAGUCAAGAUCAUAGGAAAUGUGCAUAAAAAGACAAAUCGAGAGCUAAUACUGUUGGGUGGUCUACUUCCGCGUCACAAGUUUGUUUUCGCUAUGCACUGUAAGUAGUCGAGUGCCUAGCUAGUAGUAGCCCAGUAGACGCGAGGAGGACGAGGACGUCACAGAUCCAAUUGCCUUUUAUAGGCUGAUCUACGCAUUUGAUGUUCUUGACACAUAAGUUUCACGAAACACGACUUGAAAUAAAUGCGUCACAUAAUGUUGGGGCUGCGCGCGAAGAGCCUGUGGUAUGCAGGUUCGCAUGGAGUAGAUGACAUCAAACAUGGGGUAAGUACAACUAAAAAGUACAGGCGGACGUUUAUUUUCCUCAGGAUACCCUGGGCCAAAGAAGACCAAUAGGUUCGCUGCCAGGUCAGAGAUUAGGGCGGAAAACACGUUAGCGUUCAAGGGAUUGGCCAACAAGGCCGCCUCGAAAGUUGUCGAGGCAAACAGCGGAAAUAAAACAGACGACAGAGACGACGGCCCCGUGGAAAUACCGUUCUUGCCCACGGAAGGGUCAAAAAGUAACCACGCCUUGGUCCUGCUCUACGCAUCAGAGGAAGCAAUACGGAAAAUGAAAUUCGAUUGCGACAGGUACAGAGACUAUGCUGAUGAAAUGUUGACUUUAUUGAUGUUGAGCGCGCAGCACCUAUUGUUCUUUGGUACAAGAACCGUUCUUGCUGCUUUUAUUUACGAUUUAUCCGUACUACCAGCGGUCUUUCCUUUAUUUUCGAGCAUCGUCAGAGACUUUUGGAUACUAUUCUAUACUUUUGUGCGGCCUAUGGUAUGAAAAUUACCUGAACAAUCAAAUAAUAUCGUCCUGAAAAAUUAUACAAUCCCCACGACAUGAUCCUCCAGGUAUGUGAAGGAAGUGGAGGCCAAUCCAAGUACAAAGCUGAACGUGGGCUACAUCGUCGCGACUGCCCCGUCGAAAUCGGGGAAAACGGACGAGGGCGAGGACUGUACCUUCGUCACCCGGGUGUUCGACGGGAGCACGGGCGAGGAGCAGGAGGCCACCGGGUCGGUGAUGAGCACGCUGAUGCCGUUUUGGAACGAGAAGCUGCAGGAGCCGAAGCUUUUUAACUGGCAGCUGUCCCCGCGGAAAGCGCACAUCGUCGCGGAGAUUGGGCCGAACCAGGGCAAGGUGGCGGGGGACCCGGACGACGAGUUUAACGACGCGAAGGACCAGGUCCUCAUGUCGGGCGUCGUCACAGCGUGCUGGGAGGGCAUGAUCCCCGAAGAGCUCUUCAACCCAGAAGCGGUCCUCGACCAAAAAGGGAGAAGAGGAUAGAAAUUUCAGUAGUUCGCUGCACAGUACUCGAGGAAAUUAUUCACCUGCACGCCGUCGACCAUGUUGACGACCAAAAUUAAUCGAUUCUAAGGAAAAAAUUAUCGCUGUCACCUCCUGAUGCGAGGAGGGCAGCUGCUGUGAAAAGAAAUACGUAUCUUCGAUUUUGAAAUAGUACACAACAUGUUCAUAUUUCACUAUUGUUGUGUCGUAGUAUGAUUUUUAGCUUCUUCAAAAGGAGCGUUUCACUUUUAUAGUGCACGCACAGUAUAGAUAUAGUUUCUCUGGUCCCCCUUUGAUCUUUUGGUUGAUUCACUUCCAUAUCAUACCCUGACCCACACGACCCAAAGAUCACAGUCGUUUUGUUCUUUUGAUAUUUUUCUACUUCAACCCCUAAAGCAAAGGAAAAAGCUACUUUUCACAAAAAUAACUCUCGCUUCUGUUAGUAUGUAUCUUUGAUGCACAGUGCUUUUUU